AAGCUACAUGAAUCCCAUUUUCUACAAUUAAAACAUUAAUUUUAAUCGUUAAAAAAGUAAUAAAAUUAAUGUGGAAGGUUGCUGACUUGACACAGUGAACAAAAUAAACACCCUCCACCAAGGUGUCAAAAAUUUAGGUAGAUCAGUAUUAAAAAUUAAAAUCAGUUUAUUUAUUAAUAAAACAGCAACACAGUACAGUAUUUAUUUGAAAAGCACUUUUAAAGAACACCUCUGUUCCAUCAGCAGACAAAUAUGCAUAAAAUACAAAAAAUACACGUAAAACUAAAUAUGCAAUUUAUUUAAGAACCAUACUUGACUUUUGCAAAGAAAGCCAAGUAAGCUAUAAAAUUCUGUUUUAUGUUGUAUGAGUAUAACACUAUUAUAACAGUAGCAGUACUUCCCCCCCCCCUUUCAGUUUCAUAUUUAUUAAUCAUCACGUAAUCAUCAGAGUCUGUGUUACAUUACAUAUUUUUAAAACAGAUCCUUACAUACAUGCUUAUGUCUCAGUAAGAUCGAAAAGAUACAGUCUGAAAAAUAAAAGUGGAAUAACUAAAAUUAAAAAUAUAUUCUUUGAGACUGUGGCAGUGAAGGCUUUUACUUCAGUCGAAAAUGCAAAUGUAUUACUUUGAAUUUCUUAUAUUCCUUCCUUUUCAUUUUUCUUCCUGUAAGAAUCGAAUUAUAAGACUAAACAGGUAUUUUACAAAGAGAGCAACACGCUCUUUCACAAAUUGCAGAACUUUAGUUGCUAUGUAAUGUACUCGAGAAUCGGUGAGGCGAAACGUGACAUCACGGUGACGGCCCUAACAACGCCACAGACCAUUGCAAUAGACAUUUGUUAGCAGUCACGCAUUGCUGCUGCCCCUCAAUGCCAGAUUGAUAGUACAUUUAACGUUUUCUGAGGAACGGCAGAAAAAGAGGAAUUCUUUCAACGUUGCCAUGGCGCCCAGUAAAGGAAAGAAGAAAAAAGGUCUGAAAAAUUUGAAAGACAACAUACUUAUCUUUGAAGAAGAAAAGAAGAAGAUGGCCAAAAUGUAUGAAACUAGCACUAAACUUUGGGAGAUGAAGCUGAAGAGAGCUGAGAAGGAGUUAGCCUACCACCGGAAGGAACUGUACAAGAGGGCCAGCGAUACUGAGCAAGUAAAAGGCUCCCUAUUCAUGGUGGAGAAGAGCAAUAUUGGCAUCACCGAUUAUUGGCUAAAAGAAUUAAAAGAUAAAGAUGAGAAGCUCAAAGUGCUGGGGGAAAAGAUCAAAAAGCAAGAAGAGACCGCAGCACAGCGGAAACUUGAGGUGGAAAAGCAAAGGAAGCGAGAUUUGGAAAAGUUUGAGGAAGACAUUUUAAAAAGGAAAGCCACCGAGGCUCGGGUACAGAAGAAAAUUAUUAACAUUAGAAAGCAAAUGCAAGUGUCUAAAGAAGAAUACAGAGAAAACCUAAAAAUAAGAGACGAAAAAUAUUCAGUCUUACUGAAGGAAUCAAGGGAGAAAGAAUGGAACUUCAUAUGCAAAGAAAGGGAGAUGGAUCAGUUGAAGGCUGAGCAAGAAAACACCAUUGUCAAGUUGGAAAUUGAACUGAGCAAUGUUAAUAGGGAGAAAACGUGGCUAAUUAAAAACCUAAAAUUUGCCUUGAUUAAUUUAGAUGAGCUGAAGCAAAUGGCUCAAAGACUGUCUAAGGAAAAACUCUCACUGGCAGUGGACAGAAACUUUCUGGUAUCAACAUUACAGACGAACAUUUGUGAGCUGGAGUGUAAAGAAGAGAUGAUUGCUGAAGUCACAGCCAGAGCUGCCUGUCUGGAGCAUUCCCUCAAGCACAUGAGGGAAGAAACUACAGAGAAUGAGAAAAGAAACCAAAUGACCAUCCAGGCCAGUCAGGUGGAGUUGGACAAACUACAGAAAAUUAUCGCCAUGCGAGAGAAGGAGCUCUGUCAAGUGAAGAAGCUGGCGAGGACCAUUGUGGAGAAACGCAAAGACAUGGAGGUGUUUUUCCACGAAGCCCUGGAUAAUGUCCGACAGGAGAUAGCUGAGGAAAGAAAGAGGAAGGUAAAGGAGGCAAAUCAAGACUGUCAGAAAUUUAGAGACGGAACAGAAGGAAAGGGAAAGUUCCCCCUCAUCCACACCGUUGAUCAAAGUCCCAACAGCACCAAUUCUGUCUACUCAGACAUGAAGGCGCCUGGAAAUUGGCCCCAUUGCCCUGGCAAAGAGGUUUACAUGUCUGAUCUCACUUGGGAGCAAAAAGAAAAAGUGCUCACUCUUCUCUUUGCUAAAAUGAACGGAAAUGCAGAACGUGCAUCAAAAUCGAGUAUGACGAGGCUCGACUAUGAUUUCCAAAGUGGAGGCUUGCUUCACUGCCGUGGUCUACAAGAAGGAUUUAUGAAAGUUCUGUAGGACGCAGAGCCGCCGAGUGCUGUCAACAGUUUCAUCAAUAAAUAUAUGCAUUGAAAAAAUACUUGUGUAAUUAUUCCUGCUCUUAGGAAUGGACAAUAACUAUGUCAUUUAUUAAUAUUAGGAAAGGAGAAAUACAGAAAUUAUAAGAAUUGUGAUUUAUCAUAGUGAGGAACUAAUGUUUGCAAACCAAUAAA